UGUCAAACUUAAAUCAGUGGGCACCCAAAGGUGAAAGGUUGUAUGAAACUGAAUACAGUUUCUCACUGUUAACUCAUCACUGUCCAACUGGAUUCAAUUUUUGGAUUAUUGCAUUUUUUUAUUAUUUGUUAUGGGGAUUGCAUUCGGUAACCUGGCUCCAUGAAAGGACUGGAGUUUCCUUCAAGAAAUAUGAGCACUUCAAUGGAUAUGCUUGAUGAAGACAAAUCAGGAAGAUCCAGCAAAUCAGAAAAUGUAGAGAGUACAAGAAACCAGUUGAAAGCAGAGGGAGAGAAAAUUGAUGAAUUUGAGGAUAACUGCAUGAAGGAAGCUCUGCUCACUAGCCGAAGGUCAAAACCCAAACUUGGGUCUGCUCAGGCUGUGCUCUCAUCCAAACUCAAACCAGAGACUAUUCAAGAGGAGCCAUUUGUGACUGUAUCAGAAAACCCAAGGGACUGGGAACCUAACAGUGUGCUGAACUGCUCUGAAAUCAAUAAUGGAGAAAAAGAGAAAGACAGAAAAAAUGAAAAUACAAAACACAUUGCUAAUGAAGGGGAUUUAUUUUCUAAUGCAGUCUCCAGAAAGAAUAUGUGGAGAGCUGGACAGAGGGAAAGAUGGAGAGGGAAGAGGCGAGAGAGACUGGGUGGUAGUGGAGAGAACAUAGACGAGGAGGAGGACAAUACUGAGAAAGAAAUGAACCAAGGAAUUCGACUGAGACACACACAAAGACAGUGGAGCUCGAAGGAGGCACAAGAUGAAGAGUCAGAAAUGGAUGUGACAGCACAAGGAAAUAUCAACAGAGAUACGGAGAUGAGAGGAACAGUCCCCCACUGCAUAUUCUCAAAGGUUUUUGCCACCUCUUUUGCCUCAUCAUCCUCAUCAUCAUCAUCAUCCUUCAACUAUUCCUCAGCAGAAAGUGAUGAGGUCUUCAGUGAGGGAGAAGAGAUGGCCAAGAGGAAAGAUAUAAGAAAGUGUCGAUCCUGGAGGACAUUCUUAACUAUGAUGCAGUGGUCAAAGCGCAGGCAGAGUUCCUGGGUACAGCUGGCUGGACACCAAGGUAACCUCCAUCUGAGUGAAGGUGGAGAGGUGCUGAAGAGAUUCAACGAGGUGGAGGACACCUGCCUGCAGGCACUCAUGUCUGAUUCACUCUGUCAGUUUGUGCCUCGCUAUCAUGGGCACAUCAGCAGGAACGGAGAGGACUACAUCCGUCUCGAGGACCUGCUGUGCGGCCUCAAGCAACCUGUCAUCAUGGACUGCAAAAUGGGCAUUCGCACCUACCAAGAGGAGGAGAUUGUGAGAGCAAGAACCAAAGCGAGCAUCCGACAUGAUAUGUACGAGAAGAUGAUGAAAGUCGAUCCUACAGCUCCUACAGAAGAAGAACAUGCACAGAGAGGCGUGACAAAGCUGCGCUAUAUGCAGUGGAGAGACAGUACAAGUAGUACAUCAACGCUAGGAUUCCGCAUAGAAGGCAUAAUGACAGAGAAUGGCAUUGUACGACGAGAUUUUAAUAAAACUCAGAGCAAAGCACAAGUUACAGAGACCCUGCUAUUAUUUACCAAGAGGCAGGUACACAUUCUAGAAGCCUAUGUGUCCAGAUUGGAUGCAUUGAAAGAGACAUUAAAGGAGUCUGCCUUUUUCAGAAGCCAUGAGGUAAUAGGCGGCUCUCUCCUUUUCGUCCACGAUCGUCCAACCAACAAAGCCAACAUAUGGAUGAUUGAUUUUGGGAAGACCACUCCAGUGCCCAAUAAUAUGCAUCUAAAGCAUGAUGUUCCAUGGAUUGAGGGAAACCGGGAAGAUGGCUACCUAUUUGGGCUAGCAUCCCUCAUCUCUUUGCUGCAUGUUGCUAUCAGGGACGUUAAGGGACAAGACCUAGAGACCCACCACUCACAGACAGAGCACACAGUGUCAGAACUUUAUCCACACCAGCCUGGGAUAAGUGAGGCAACAACAGACUUUUUAAAGGACACUACAGCCACCAACCAUACAGACUGAUGCGGAUAGUGUCAUUCCAUGUAUCCUGUAAUAUACAUGUUAUAUAUACUGCGUAUUCAUUGCAUAUACUGUAUAUAGAUAUGGACAAUCAA